AUGAAUCUGAGCGCCUCAAGAUGGGCACCUACAGGAGAUGAGAUGAGAAAUAUCCCAUCUUCUGCUGUUUUUAGGAAUGGUCAGACAUCUCUCCUGAUUACCCAGGAGCCUGCCAACGACCCUGGAAACUUCGAUAAUGAUUAUGAUAUGGAGGAUAUGCACCUCGAUUCGGGCGCUACCGAUGAUUACGCCUUUGAUACGACAAUUGAUUAUGAUGGGGAUGUUGUUAUGGUGGAUCUAAAUGAUCCUGGAAUUAUCAAAAUGGUUACCGAGCUCACCAGAAACGAACGCCAGGCCGAGAAUAUGAGGGAAUACGUUGAUUUGAAACCUGGGCUACGACCUUCAGUUUCAAAGUCUCGUAUCUCUCGGCCAUCUUGCUUGCUUAUAAUUGAUACAAGCUUUAUUAUUUCCCACCUUCAGCUGGUUGAUAAUCUUGUUCGCUCUCAUCAUCGCUGGAAAAAUGUUGUUGUCAUGCCAUGGGCAACUAUACAAGAACUGGAUGGUCUCAAGAAAUCUUUGCACGCACAAAAAGGCGUUGACCUUGGAAAGCUGGCCAGAAAUGCGAUCAACUGGGCAUUCGGAAUGUUCACGAAACUUGACCCCGGUGUUUGGGGUCAGACUAAGGAGGAAUGUGAAGACUCUUAUGUUCGUGGAGAUGCUGCAAUCCUUGAAUGUUGCCGAUACUUCAAAAAUAGCCAUGAAACAGUUCUUCUAUCCAAUGACAAGAACCUUUGCGUCCAAGCAAUGAUUCACAAUAUCAAAACCGUAUCGAUUGUUGGUGAGAUACUUACCGCUGAAACAAUCCUCGCCCGUAUUCUUGGAAAUUCAAUCAAUCCAACGGAGAUUAAAGAAACCGCUGUUAGUUCCCGAGGGCCAUCCAGGCUAAACAGUGGGUAUAGUUCAGUGUCUGAUUAUACAACCUAUAACCGCGAGGAUCGCCAGGCUUCUAUGCGUCAUACACAUAUAUCUACCCCUGUAUAUACGAAGCCCGUUUAUAGAGUUACCGGUACAGAUAGAGACAUGAACGAACCAUGCUUUUAUCAGGGGAUUGGUCGUUCCCAGAGUGGGGAUAUUACAAGAGAUAUUCCACCGAAACGCGCGAUGGGAAACGGCUUGGAAGCGUCUAUAUACGCCACCACUGCAACAUCUGCGCAAAAACCCCAAUAUCAUAGUAAACCCGACAACAUCUCCAGGCGUCUACUUCGAACGUCGAAUUCAUUUUUGGGGCUCCCAAGGAACGAUGAAAAUAAAGUACAAGUCAAAAGAAAUCUCAACAGCUUCCUUCAGAGAGUUUCUGCAGAGUUAGUCGCUACUCUCGUGCCGCUAUUGAAACAAUGUGUGCAGAGCAAAUUAGUCGGGACAGCUGAGUUCACCCUUGAGGCACUUAACUGCCAUCCAGAGGAGCAGGUUCGAAAUAUCAUUGACCUGGAAAGGUUUUUCCAUACGUACUGGGCUUCUGUGUUCCGUGAGUAUCUGCCGGCGUAUUAUGGGCACGCUUUUAAAAACGGUGAUCUUAAUAGACGCUUGUCUGAGUGGAUUCAAUGGGCCGAAACUACCGGGUCGAACUCUACAGGCCCUAAAUCCAAGGAGGUAAAGAAGUGGAUUGAUGAGUGGGACUUUAUCUGGAAAAGGAUUAUAUUUACUGCGGAGGAGACGCAUGUGAACAUAGAAACGGCCGAUCGAUGGAGGACUGCCUUAUUGGACGUUGGGCUUGUAGCGGAGUGA